ACAGAGUAAAUUACCUUUGCCAUUUUGUAAAAUUGUUGAACCAUGAUCGCUCUAUCAUCUGUACUUGUGGUUUUUCUUGGUAUUGUACUCACACUGUAUUUAAACACAACAAAAAUAGAUGAGGUGCUACAUGUUCAGCUGAACUCAACAUAUGAUUAUAUCAUAAUUGGCGCAGGAUCUGCGGGUUCCGUAAUAGCCAAUCGUUUGUCUGAAGACUCUGAUGUCACGAUCUUAUUACUAGAAGCUGGUGGUUCUGAAUAUAGUAAUGAUAACAUUAGAAUACCGUUGAUAGGUGGAGGGCUGCAGAAGUCGUCAGCUGAUUGGAAUUAUCAAACGCUACCUCAGAAGAACAGUCAUUUUGCAAUGAAUGAGCAGAGAAGUUACUGGCCGCGAGGACGAGUGUUAGGUGGGACUAGUUGUCUGAAUACCCUGGUGUAUAUACGUGGAAGUAGACAUGAUUAUAACCAGUGGGCUGAGGAAGGAUGUGAUGGCUGGAGUUACAAAGAUGUCUUACCAUACUUCAUAAAAACGGAAGAUUAUCAAAUGCCAAACGAAUACGACUCUGCGUAUCAUGGUAAAGGUGGCUAUAUGAAAUUAACAGACAGUUCCCUAACACCUCUAGUUGAGGUCUACAGAAGAGGUGCUGAAGAAAUUGGAUACAAAACCGUGGAUGCUAACGGAGAGGAUCAGAUUGGGUUUUCGUACGCCCAGGCUUCUGUAUACAAUGGUGAACGAUGCAGCACAGCUAGUUGCUAUUUGAGACCUAUAAUAGGAAGACCUAACCUUCACAUUAGCAUUGAUUCGUUUGUAUCAAAGGUGAUUAUAAAAAAUAAAAUUGCCACAGACGUUGAGAUGUUAAAGGGCAACAGAAAAUUGAAGAUAACUGCCAGGAGGGAGGUAAUAGUAUCAGCCGGCUCCAUCAACAGCCCACAGAUUCUAAUGUUGUCUGGUAUAGGACCAAAACAACAUCUACAGGAUUUAAAGAUACCAGUAAUUGCUGACUUACCAGUUGGAAAUAACCUUGAAGAUCACCUUCAGUACUUUGUAAAACACAAAAUUAACCAAUCAUACAGUUUAUCAUCAGAAUCAAGAAAUAUUUUUAGCUCACUUCAGUAUGCAUUGACGAGGACGGGUCCUUUGUCAGGAACGGGAUUAGAAGCAAACAUAUUCGGCCGAAUGCCAAACAGGGACGAAAGUUUACCCAAUUAUCCUGAUUAUCAGAUUCUGUUUUUAAGCGUUGCACAUGAUAACUUUUUCUAUGACUAUGGUUUACAACUGAAUCUCAAGGAAUCGGUUAAAGAUCUUAUAAAAACAAGAACGUCCACAACUGAGUUUACAUCAGUAUUAAUACAACAACGCCCUAAGAGUACCGGAACUAUCCGUCUGGCCAGUAAAGAUCCGUUUGAUUAUCCUCUGAUUCAGCCAAAUUACUUAGAUCAGACAUACGAUGUCGAAAGUUUAAUAGCUGGUAUUAGAAAAAUACAAAAGCUGGCAGCAGCGAAUCCUCUCCAAGAAUUAGGAGCCACAUUAAACAGACAGGACUUUGAUGGUAUAUGUGACAAGGUGAAAUUUGACUCUGAUGAAUAUUGGGAAUGCAUGUUACGCCAUUUUGCUGUCACGUGCUACCACCCUACUUCAACAUGUCGAAUGGGGGCAAAAGAUGAUCCGACUGCUGUUGUGGAUACAAAACUAAGAGUUAAAGGAAUAAAAGGCUUAAGAGUGGCAGAUGCAUCUGUGAUGAGACACGUCAUAUCUGGAAAUACUAAUGCACCAACUAUUAUGAUUGGGGAGAGAGCAGCGGAUUUUAUUCGUGGAAAAGAUACAGUACAUAAAUUUAAGGAGCAAAUAAAACAUUUAAAACUAUAAUUCAAAAAUAUUCAAUUUUAAACCAUGCAGAUUUAUGAAUAAAAAAAUUAAAGCUACUGUCAUAAU